AUGGAUACCGGUAUCAUCGGCCCGGUGACCGACAUGAAGGACUUCAAAAAGUCAUUUGGUAGUCAAAACUCCACGAUUCACGGCCUCAUCGUCUCAUGUAUCUUGAUUCCAGCAGCACUCUCGUCUUUCUUCGCUGGCUAUGUCGCCGAUCGGCUUGGUCGGCCGAAAGGGAUCUGCAUCGGCGUUUUCAUAUUCGGCGUGGGAGCCGCAAUAGAAGCCGGAGCCGUUGCCCUAUCCAUGUUCAUCGUUGGCCGUGUCGUGGAGGGCCUGGGAGAAGGACUUUUCCUUGGAAAUCUUGUCGUCCUGAUUUGUGAAAUCUCACCAACUAGCACCAGAGGCGCACUGACAACAGGCCCUCAACUGGCCAUUACUCUCGGAUUGGUCAUGGGGUACUUCAUCAGUUAUGGAACCUCAAGCCUCCACUCGUCACUGGCAUGGCGCACGCCGUUUAUCCUUCUUGCAGCUUUCUCCAUGGUCAUGUGUGGACUUUCACUCCUUUACUUACCAGAGUCGCCUCAGUGGCUAGGACUUCAUGGUCGCUAUGCGAUGGCUGAAGAGGCGUGGGACAAGUUGGGUGUCAGUCGCGCAGAGCGCGAAAAGGUCGUUCUGCAAGUACGGACACAGGAGGUUGAAACUGAAAUCGAGAAGCCCAAAGAGGGAACGGUGGAUAAGCUUCUUGCCAUCUUCUCCAAAGACGUUUUAGGCCGGACCAUCCUUGCAGUCUUUUUGAUGGGGAUGCAGCAGCUGAGUGGUAUUGAUGGUGUCCUUUAUUAUGCCCCCCAAUUGUUUCAAAAGGCCGGUCUUGCCUCUUCGGAAGCAAGCUUUUUGGCCUCUGGUGUGUCAGCGCUUGUGAUAUUCGCUGUCACCAUCCCGGGACUAAUCUAUGCCGAUAAAUGGGGCCGCCGAAGCAGCAUUAUCUACGGUGGGGUUGUAAUGGGGAUCUUGAUGUUCUUGAUGGGCGGUCUUUAUGCUGGAAAUGCCGUCCACAAAUCUACUGGCGUCGGUCGCUGGGUGGUGAUUGUCUGCAUCUACCUCUUUUCCGCUCUUUACUCCGUCACCUGGGGUAUCUCCGUCAAAGUCUAUAGUGCCGAGAUUCAGCCCCAGCGAACACGAGCAUCAGCUACCACAUUAGCUCAUUCGAGCAACUGGGUGUGCAACUUCUUGGUGGCUUUGACGACACCUGUUCUCCUUGCGAAGAGCAGCUUCGGUGUGUACUUUCUGUUCGGUGGAUGCUGUGUUAUUACCGUCAUUGUUGGCGUCCUCUUCAUGCAUGAAACGAAAGGUCGGACCUUUGGGGAGAUUGAUGAGGCCUUCAAGGGUAAGUCGCGUUGGAGAAAGAACAAACUUGGCCGAGAUGUUUAG